AGGAGGGAGACCGUGGCGCCGCGCGGUUGCUGGGGUCCCUUCUCAGAAGUUCCGAAUCCGUUCCCUCGCACCGCCGCUCGGGCUUCCCGGUGCCCCGACCUGCUGACCGUUCAUGUGUGGCCACCAGGGCCGCGGAGAGCCUUCGCUGGUACCCAACAAAGCUCAGAGGCUUCCUGGGCCCCAGAAAAAGUUGGGAGUUAGUCCAGUGUGGUGAGGUGGAGCAAGGAGGCUGUGCUGCGCAGGGCGAGUCGUGAGCAGAAGGAGAGGGCAACGAGUUGGGCUUUUUUCUGGCCUGCAGGACUCAAAAAGGGGGAAGAAAUGGUACUUUAGGAGUUACCUGUGUAAUUGGAUAGCUUCUUAUUCCAAACCCUAUCCCCAGGCAUCAGAUUAACCGUGCUGAUAAAGAGGCAACUUCACAGGAGCUGCUAAGAUGGGCAUGAGGAUCAAACUGCAAAGCACCAACCACCCCAACAACCUGCUGAAAGAACUCAACAAGUGCCGGCUCUCGGAGACCAUGUGCGAUGUCACCAUCGUGGUGGGGAGCCGUUCCUUCCCGGCCCACAAAGCUGUGCUGGCCUGCGCGGCUGGCUACUUCCAGAACCUCUUCCUCAACACUGGGCUUGAUGCUGCCAGGACCUACGUGGUGGACUUCAUCACCCCUGCCAACUUCGAGAAGAUCCUGAGCUUUGUCUACACGUCGGAACUCUUCACGGACCUGAUCAACGUCGGGGUCAUCUACGAGGUUGCAGAGCGUCUGGGUAUGGAGGAUCUCCUCCAGGCCUGUCACUCCACCUUUCCUGACCUGGAGAGCACUGCCGUGGCCAAGCCCCUGACCAGCACCAGCGAGAACCACUCUGGUACCCCGAGUUGUAGCUCAGCAGAACACCCCCAUCCCCUUGGAGAACUCCGGGGUGGCGGAGAGCACUUUGGUCCUGAUAGAAACUAUGUGUUACCUAGUGAUGCUGGAGGGAGCUAUAAAGAGGAGGAGAGAAAUGUUACCAGUGACACUAACCACAGCCUGCAGCCCCUGCCACCAAAGUCAGAAGACCACGAUGCCCCUGCUCCGUUCACAUCCGUCCCCAGCGUGGUGGCCCAGCCAGUCCUGGGCACUGUCAGCAUGGGCAUCCAAACCAGCACCAGUUCCUGCCAGCCAUACAAAGUUCAGAGCAAUGGAGACUUUGGUAAGAACAGCUUCUUCACCCCUGACAGUGCAGUAGACAUUACCACUGGGACCAACUCCUGUCUGAGCAACAGCGACCAUUCCAAAGACCCAAGCUUUGGGCAGAUGGAUGAGCUCCAACUGGAGGACCUGGGGGAUGACGACCUGCAGUUUGAAGACCCCACAGAGGAGAUUGGCACAGCUGAGGAGGUGAUUGAGUUGAGUGACGACAGUGAGGAUGAGCUAACUUUUGGAGAGAGUGAAAACCGAGAGAAUAAGGCCAUGCCCUGCCAGGUAUGCAAGAAGGUUCUAGAGCCCAACAUUCAACUGAUCCGACAACAUGCUCGCGACCACGUGGACCUGCUGACUGGCAACUGCAAGGUCUGUGAGACCCAUUUCCAGGACCGGAACUCCCGGGUCACCCAUGUUCUCUCCCACAUCGGGAUUUUCCUCUUCUCCUGCGACAUGUGUGAAACUAAGUUCUUUACCCAGUGGCAACUGACCCUCCACCGACGGGAUGGAGUAUUUGAGAACAACACCAUCGUCCACCCCAACGACCCGUUGCCUGGGAAGCUGGGUCUCUUUGCAGGGGCGGUCUCUGCAGAGCUGAAAUGUGCUGCCUGUGGGAAGGCAUUGGCCAAAGAUUUCCACGUGGUCCGGGGCCAUAUCCUUGACCAUCUGAACCUGAAGGGCCAGGCCUGCAGUGUCUGUGACCAGCGCCACCUCAACCUCUGCAGCCUCAUGUGGCACACACUUGCCCACCUAGGCAUCUCUGUCUUCUCUUGCUCCGUGUGUGCAAACAGCUUUGUGGACUGGCAUCUCCUGGAGAAGCACAUGGCUGUGCACCAAAGCCUGGAAGAUGCCCUCUUCCACUGCCCCUUGUGCAGCCAGAGCUUCAAGUCGGAGGCUGCCUAUCGCUACCACGUCAGCCAGCACAAGUGCAACAGUGGCCUUGACGCACGGCCUGGCUUUGGGCUCCAGAACCCAGCUCUCCAGAAGCGGAAGCUGCCGGCCGAGGAGUUCCUGACUGAGGAACUGGCACUGCAGGGUCAGCCUGGGAACAGCAAGUAUAGCUGCAAGGUGUGCGGCAAAAGAUUUGCUCACACGAGUGAGUUCAACUACCAUCGGCGGAUCCACACGGGCGAGAAGCCAUACCAGUGCAAGGUAUGCCACAAGUUCUUCCGCGGCCGCUCGACCAUCAAGUGCCACCUGAAGACGCACGCGGGGGCGCUCAUGUACCGCUGCACGGUCUGCGGCCACUACAGCUCCACACUCAACCUCAUGAGCAAGCACGUCGGCGUGCACAAAGGCAGCCUCCCCCCCGACUUCACCAUCGAGCAGACCUUCAUGUACAUCAUCCAUUCCAAAGAAGCGGACAAGAACCCGGACAGCUGACUGGGCCCCUGCAGAGCCGGGGGAGCUCCCAGGCGGCAGCCAGGACAUUGGUUUCCUAGUGGCUGUUGGUCCUGCCCCACCUGAAGUUACGGUUUUGCCUUGCUAGGAAUUCUGUUCUGUCCUGUGUUUAAAGAAGACAAAAGAAUAUAUAGCACAUGAACACUGUUUCUGAGAAGCAGCGGCCCUGUCGUGCUUACCUCCUUACCUGUUCUUGUCCGUGGAGGGCUGUGUCUUUGAUUCUUUGGAGGCUGGUUUUGGGAUCUCAUCAGGCAGUUGGUGUCAGCUAGAUUCCCUUCCCCAGCCUCUUGAGUUUUAGUUUACUGAUAGGUUUUAUGCUGCUAAGAAUCCAACCAACAGCCUCACUGAACAGGAGGUGGAGAGAGGUUUUCACUGUGGGUAUUAGUGCCGGACCUCCAACCGGGACAGCCAGCUAGGAGAGAGAUUUUGGGAAUGUGGUCAUUCAGAAAAGACAAGGCAGCUCCCCCUUGGGUGCUGGUCCCAGCCCUCAGCGGGGCACACCAUCAGGGAUGAGGGGCCUGCUUGUUCCAGGGCUCGAAUCUGCUGAUUGGAUGGUAAAAUCUCUUGGCAGCUAGAUCCAAACCGGGGACAAAGCUUUCUGUUUAGGUCUGAAAGCUUUGGGAUGAAUCCUUGCCAGCCGCUAAGAGGUGUCCUGCAGUGCUGCUGAAAGCAGCAGCCUGGGACGGACAGGAAGGGAGAUUUCUCUUUUCCCCUCAAUUCCAAAGAAAUGUGAUCUUAUGGAGUGGUGGCCCAGGAUGUCAGGCUUUCCCUGUGGGCAAAAAAGACAGGGAGCUACUUUGAUGUAGUCUUCACUUGUCUGGCUGCCUCCCUCGACCCUGAGUUUACUGGUGGAGGGAUGGGGAUGUCUCUGAAGCAGCAGCCUUGCCUUAAUUUGCAUCCAGUCUCCCACCGAGAAGUGUUUGGCCUGUAGUGUAGACGGGAAGACCCCGUGAGGUGGAGGGGUGGACUGUGAGCCCUGCAGGAUUAAAGGGACCCGAGUAGCUGGAUGUACUUUCUGUCUGCCCCAGCCAGGGAACCCGCUGUUUACUCUGCUAACUGGGCCAGAGUUUUGGCAGCUUUGGCGGCUUUGACCUGCUGCAUUUAUCCUGGUCUGCCAUUGCAUGGCCACCAGAGGGCGCUCUUGGCCGACAGCUGGUUCAGGCCCUCUCCGGGUGACUGGGGAAUGGAUCUCCCGGUCGGGGUUGCUGGUUGACUGUUCUUAGUUGCCUUUUGAGGGGAUCUUGCCCAAAGAAGGCUUGAAGGAGAGAGCCCUCAGAUCUCGCAUCUCACAAGGUGGCACCUCCGAAGCCCACACUACCUCACCUGCUCAGGCGAGCUCUGGGGGUCCCUGGCCUCGGCCCUGCCCCUGGCCCUCGUGGGACUCAGCAGCACCCCGGGCUGUUUUACAAGCAAGUAGUUUUAAUUAACUCACAAAGCCUUUUUGAACAUUAAUAUUUAUUUAUUUUGUUUUUGUAUACAUAUUACCCAGCAUCUCUGUUGGCUAAGAGACUUCAGGAAAAUGAGCUUCUCCCCAGCAAGUAGCCAUAUUCCAGGGGACAGUCCUGGCCAGAUAUUUGGGGAACAGGGGCUUGAACUCGGGGAGAACAGGUCAAGCCUUUAAACAAGCAAAUGCUUUUCUCUCCAGAUAAGUCUCUUGCAGAAUAAACCCAGGGAGCCCUUUAGGAAAUGGAUGUAAAUUCUAGAAAGUUGAGUCUUGUUGACUCCCUGGACCUUUUAUCCCCUUUCCAUCCUGUGGUUGAGUCAGUUGGGGACUGGAUUGAGGGGAUAAGAUCACAUGAAGGCCCUGUUUGCAUAUUUUCUCAUUCUUCCUGAAGUUGGGAAGUUAUAGUAACACAUGAAAGUGAACCAAAGCCCUGUCCCUUUUGGACUUGCCCCCGGAUCUCCCCCCAACCCUAAUUGAUAUAGCCUCGGAGUUUUGUGUGCAUAGCUCUCCAGUGAGGUGACCAUUACUUGAAGGGACUUGCCCAGUGGCCAGCUUUCACUGUCAGAAUCCAAUGAGUUAAAUGUUCCCUUGGGACAUUCUCGUUAGAAAGCAGUGCUGAGACUUUUCAUCCCUGACUGACUGCUUCCUUUCUUCCUGUCAGUCCUUUAAGAAGGGAAGUGUGUAAAAGACCACAGUCAACGAUCUUCUCAGCUUUUCAAGCCUGAGUGGUUUCUCCCAGAUUGUGGGUGAGGACCGAGUUUUGAAUGGCCAGGUUUGAGAGUGGGCCCACUGCCUGGAAGCCAGCUGGGUAGCUGGGAAUGGAUCAGCGUGCUGGAGAAACCCUUUUCCUUAACAGAGGGUUAUCACUGAUGCUGGGUAGUCUGUGUACUUAACCUGAAACUGUGAAGUUUUCCCUUUUUGCCAGUAAACCAAAAGCAAAUCCUUGAAACUUUACCCCUAGAACACUAAAUGAAAGACUGCGCCCCCUGAUCCUCCUGAGGCCAAGUGGUUGACCAGGGUGACAUGGUUGGCUGCGGUCAGACAUGUAGCAGGGUCAGUAGCUCAUGAGGCUCAUUGACCAAACACUGUCCCCCGCGCGUCCCCCUUAUUCACGUCUCAGCCCUUUCUCUGUUCGGAGUCACGUUUGCUUCCUCUGCCACCAGCCACUCUUUUCCGCACUGUUUUACUUGAAACACUAUAUUGUGGCAGAGGGCACUCUAGGAUACCUGGUGGAAGGUAUUAAUUUUAUUCUGAAUUUAAAAUAUUUUCAACUGUCCAUGGGGUUGUGUUGCCCUCUGCCCUGGAGCCCAGUUUAGCACUGUCUUCUGCUGUAUUGUUCCAAGGUUCGUUCUGUUUGAUCCUUGAAUGUCUUUUCUUUUUCAUCCCCCACCUCUUUUUCUUGUUCAGUACUCAGGACUGGUUACAUAAUUUAUAGAGCCCUUUGCUUAAAAACUAUUAAGAAUUUUGUGGCAACUGUAGCAUUAAAGCAAACACAAGGCCAUUCUCACCCUUUUUCCUAAGGGAAAGGGUGAUACUCUGACGUUCUUGUGUUAGUAGCUCAGUCGUUCUGACUCUUUGCGACCCCAUGGACUGUAGCCCACCAGGCUCCUCUGUCCAUGAAAUUCUCCAGGCAAGGAUACUGGUUUGGGUGGCCAUUCCCAUCUCAAGGGGAUCUUCCCAACCCAGGGAUCCAACCCAGGUCUCCUGCAUUGCAGGCAGAUUCUUUACCAUCUGAGCCGCCAGGGAAGCCCCCGUUAUCCUAAUGGCCCACUGUAAACAGCUGCCGCAGCCAGAGAAAGGGGUCAGCGUCAGGGCGCUCCUCUGCCCGGCCGUGACUCACUGAUGCUGCGGGACCCGUCAGGAAGCUCUGCCGUGCCUGGUGUUUGGUCCUCAAGUUUCAGACUCCAUGGAGUCUCUGGUUCAUGGCUAGUUGGGAAGAAAGGAGGUGGGAUGGGGGUCAGGGAAUAGGUAAAAAUUCUUUUUGACAUUCUUCUGCCCUAUGGGCACCCUUGUGUCUCUAGGAAACCUCUGAGUUUAACGACCUUCUCCCAGGCAGGUUUUGCUGCUGGUGAAUAUUCCUCUUCUGACCACCCGCUGUGCCCUAUCACCGCCCCCCACCCCGGCCCCCAGACUAUCCCACUUUGGAAGUGGAUUCACACUUCUUUACAUACGGACAUGAUUUUGUUGGCAUGGGAGUGGGCUGUGUGCAGAAAUCUGCCCAUCUGGGAAUCCUCGUGUGUCCUUUUCCCUAAAUCCUGCACUGACCAAAUCAGGAAGCAGGGCACACAGCAUUUGUUUCAAUGUGCUUACUCAUGGUAAACUUAAUAUCCCAAUGAAAAUGCAACUUCUACUUUGGAUGUUUCUUUAACACCUUUCCCCUGUCCAAUCCACCCUCCCCUCCCACCUCUACUAGCUACAUCUCUUAUGAAACUGAGAAGAGUUGUUGACAUUUAACUCCUUCCAUUAAAUUAAUAAGUACUGACCUCCUAAUAUUUAAGUGUUUACUAUCUAUUGCUGUAAAGUUUUGUAUAUUUUGUAAACUUCUUUUCUCAAAUAGUAGAUGUCUAAAAUCGUUGUACAUCUGAUUCUUUUAUAUUCCAUUGUUCAGCACAAAGUGUGGUUUUUAUUUAGAAUAAAAAAAAAAGGAAAUUUGAAA